AUGGCACCACCUUUGGGGCAGAGCCUCCUGCUGGCCAGCACGCUGGGCAUCUUUGUACUCCACAGCUUCUCGAGUGGGCAGAAGAACAGCACGCUGAUUUUCACGAAGGAAAACACCAUUCGGAACUGUAGCUGCUCUGCGGACAUCCAGGACUGUGACUACAGUUUGGCCAACCUGAGGUGCAGCUGCAACACCAUCCUGCCUUUGGCCCUGGAGCAAGCCAGCUACAGCGACCAUCUGACCAUCUGGUUCACCGAUGCAUCUGCCCUGGGCCUCCUGUUGAACUUCACACUGGUCCAGGACCUGAAGCUUUCUCUGUGCGGUACCAACACUCUCCCCACUGAGUACCUGGCCAUCUGUGGUCUGAAGAGGCUUCGCGUCAACACCGAGGCCAGGCGCCCGUCACCAGAGCAGAGCCUACUCAUCUACAACGGCGGGGAAAGUGAACCCAGACAGAAGCCCGUGUGGUUUCGAAGAGGCUGGCAAACAUGUAUGUACAUCUCAUUCUUAGAUAUGGCACUUUUCAACAGGAAAUCCUCCUUAAAAGCCUACAGUAUUGAAGACACUGCCCACAUCACCAACCAUUUUCCUUACUUGUCUUACUUCGAAACCUUCCCGAUUUUAAGCAAUAGGAGCUAUGUCAUCACGUUCAUUUACUAA